AUGGAGACCUACGGAGAUGCUGUCGACAAUUCCUUCUAUUAUGGUAACUACCCCAGCAGAAACCCAACUCCUGACACAGAAGAAAACGAACCCGGACAACCCACAACAGACCAAAAACUCAAAAGAAAGCGGGAAAACCGCUACAAAAACGCUCCUCCUGCGGUCUUGUCGAGGCGACGGGCCCAAAACCGUGCCUCCCAACGAGCCUACCGCGAGCGCAAAGAGCAGCGCAUCCGCGACCUUGAGCAUAUGCUCAAUGAGGCCCGGCAGCGCAACGAUGUGCUAAGUCAGGCUUAUGCCGCUCUCCAUGCUGAGUACAUGGCACUGAAGAACUCGCAGCUUGCUGUGGGUGGGGAUGCUGGUGCAGUUCCGGGGGGGUAUGCUCAGCAGCAGGAGCAGGUUGAGCUUGCCUAUGGGACUGCCAUAUCAGGAGCUAUCGAUUUUGGACUUGUUGCCAUUACCAACCCGCUAGGUAAACCGGAAAUGUUUGGGUAUGAUCCAAAUGGGCUCAGUGGCGGGUAUCCGUUUUGA